UUUUGAGCAUUUUAGCGUGCUUAUGUUAGCUUAUAGCUACAUACAGGAGUGCAAGGGCAACAUCUAGCCUUUUAAUACUUAAAUUAAUGAUGUUUGUGUGAUAUUUUACUUAAUUUUAAUUGACUUUAGGUGGAAUAAUUAAAUAAAUAAGCUUAGCUAAGAGUAGAACAGAGCACAUUUUGUAUAACAUUAACCCAACAUUAUUCAUUAGCGCUGAGCCAUUUCGUGUUUCUUCUCAAAUUAUUUUAUAUAAUUAGAUGGCUCCAUCAGAACAGAUGUGAUUGUACAUGCCUGACUGUUGGUGAACUUCUUCCGUCACUACCAGGUGUUCUCUUUAAUGGCAACCUUCCAUAGCAGGCAGGUACUUACGUAACCUGGGUUUAAAGAAAUUUAAGGGUGUGUCUUGUUAUGAAACAGGAAUGCACAGGUCAAAGUAGUCGACCAAUGUGAUUGUGUGCGCAUAAUAACUGGACUAAGUCAACUGGCAGUAUCAUUUUUUCUAAAGAAGGGAGUUUACACCCCCUGAUAUUUUAACUUUUAAGUGUUUUUAAUGUGAAUCCAGGGACAGAUAUCCACUGAGGAGGAGGAGGAGGAGGAGGAGGAGGAGGAGGAGGAAGUUAUCCUCAGGUUACAUUUCACGGAAACUGAAAGUGAAACUGGAGAGUGGCUGGAGAUGAGAAGAGCAGCUAUCACACAUUACACCCUGUCAUCAUUUGCAACAGACGCUUCCUGAACACAGGUGCAGUUUGUGGUCUUUAGUGACCUCUGGUAGUGUGGACGCAGAUUGUGACCAACUGAACACCCCUCAUCACACCUUCCCCUAAAGAGGUCGCUAAGAAUGGGUAUCUAAGACUGAGACGAGUGAGAAAUGGACGGAGAGGACAGAGGUGUGAGCAGUCCGACUGGAGCAAUGAGGCGAACAGACAACGCCAGAAGAAGGUCGACGCCUUCUCACCUCACUCCAGCAAGGCAGAAACCGAAGGUUCAGCAACAACAAGCAGAGGAGGCGCCAGGAGCGGUAGAGGAGCUGUUCGACGUCUCCGCGGAGCUGGCCAACUGGAUCAAAGUCAGCGCCAAAGACCUGAGGCUCCGGCAGACGGACCGCCGCUGGGCCGCAGAGGUGGUCAACGACUUCAGAGAGAACUUGCUGAAGUUCCUGAGGAGCAGCAGCGAUCAGCCUUUCUUCCAGUCAGCUGAGUUCCUCACCACCGGCAGCUACUUUGAGAGAGUGAAGAUCCACAACCCCGAUGAGUUUGACAUGAUGCUGAAGCUUCAGGUGCCGUCACGCCUCAACAUGACGGAGCUCGACGGCGGCCUCUUCUACCGCCUGGAUUUUGCCCGGCCGACUCGGAGCCCCGUACAAGUCUUUCUUCUUGAGAAUCAGCAGCUUUCAUCCAGCAAGAUCCUGACUGAGAUGUUUCGCCUCAUCCGCAAGUUCCUCAAGACCUACAAAGUGCCUGAUGAUUGCUGUCGCUGGGAGGUGAACAGGAAGCGUCCGAACUCUCCGGCUGUGACUUUGUCUCUGUUGAGGACUGAAGCCGACAGUGACGAGCUGAUCUCUGUGGACGUGGUUCCGGCUCUGGAGGUUCAUCCCUCUCAGGGCUGGCCGCUCGCUGUCCGUAACGGCCCAGAUGUGGAUAACUGGCUGGGAAAGAAGAUUCGCCAAGAAAUCAGAAGUUUACCCAUUUACUUUGUACCAAAGAGGCUCAAAGGACGAAACCUCAGCGAGGAGGCCAAAGAGAGCUGGAGGAUUUCUUUCUCCCACAUCGAGAAGAAAAUCAUCACGAGCCACGGCAACAAGAAAACCUGCUGUGAGAGCAACUCCACCAAAUGCUGCCGUAAGCAGUGCUUGAUGCUCCUCAAGUCUCUGAUUGAGGGCCUGAAACAACGUUUUCCCAAAGAACUGGAGGACCUCUGCUCGUACCACGGGAAAACAGCCUUCCUCCACACCCUGUCCCACAGGUACAACGACUCCAUGUGGGCUCGUCAGCAGCUUCCUUCCUGCUUCCUGCACCUCCUCGGGGCUCUGGAGGACCACGCACGCAGAGCCGACCUCCCUCACUUCUUCGUCCCCAGCUGCAACCUCUUCUCCCCGGCCGUCUUCCCCAAGAAAUCCCUGGCUUUCCUCGUCAGAGCCCUGGAGGAGCAGAGGAAGGCCGGCCUGCCUCUGCUGCAGCCUCCUGCUCCCAUGAGAAUCAGGAGUCUGUCUGCAGAUUUACCCACAGAGAUGUCUGCAGAGAAGUCUCCAAGAUUGGUUUCAGUUUACUCCCUGAAAAAAAUGGUCUUCGGGUUUGCUGUAGCCGGAACACUGGUUUGUGUCCUAUUUAGUAUGUAAGUGAUGGGAAACAGAUAUAAAAUGCAGACUUAAAAUGUAUGUUAAUGAGGUAAAACAGGGAAUGAAUGCUGUCAUCCUGUAUGCAAAGGUCUGGAGAAGAAGAGUUUUUAACUUUGAGGCCAAGAAGCAACACAGUUUUAUGAGUAUCCAUGAUAGUUAUGUAAAUAGUCUGUGAUAAUCCUAAUUGAAUUUUAUUCUAAUUUAUCAGUCAUGUCAUCAGUGUAUAACUGAUGACAUGAAUAAUCUAACUAUCUCAAAUAUCAUAAAUUCCAUGGGGAUAAAGAGGGUUUGUAAUAUUUGUAAUGUGAAAGUUUUAGAAAUGUUUCUUGAAGAUCUUGAGCAACUUUUCAGAAAGACUCGCCUUUAGAAAUCUAUCAACAAUUUGUGACACAAUUAUUUCCCCAGUUCUUUCAUUCCUUAUUAUUUUAGAUCAGCCACAGCCUCAUAUCAUAUCUGUGCAAUAUAGUUUUAUGUUUAUUUGGUAAUUUAAGAAUUUAAGUCACUUUUUGUGUGUUGUUUUGGUGUUUUCUGGGUUUUGUAACUUUCAAUGUACUGUUACCUUCUGUAAAUUAAAAAAUAUAAAAAAUAUAUAAAUAUAUAUACACACACACACACACACACAUAUAUAUAUAUAUA